UCCAAGGAGAAAAAACGUGAAAGAGAGAAAUUUUCAGAGUUGGGUGAUGAUGAUGGGAUUUGUUUAUAUAGAGAGAGAGAAUGGCGACAUAACAUACACAUAUACGUAUAGACAUAGACAUUAGACAUAUUGCUUCUGCCACUCUUAAUCUCUUCCCUAGCACCAACAAAACGCCUCCUCCUCAUCUGCCUUCUUCUUCUUCUUCUUCAUCAUCAUCAUCAUCUUCUCCUGACCAACUCAGAGUAGAGGAGAAGAAAAAAAACGAAAACUUUUUCACAUUAUCAAUAUAUCUAUCACCUUCUUUUUAAACAAAAGCUAUAUUUUCUUUUUGGGCUUUUUAAGAGUUGCCCAGAUAAUUUUUUUUUUAAUAUAAUCAGAAAAUAGGUACCAAUUUUUUCAUGGCAGAUCAUUGCGAUGAUUAAUCCACCUGCUUCUCUGGUCACUAGCUCCAUCGCCGAUGGUGCGUCCCUGUGAGGUGAACGUGUUGCCUCUAUUACCAACCAUGAUCAACACCUGCUUUGUUGAAUUCUGGUAUGGUGGUAAGAAUAUCCGUGCUGCCCAUAAUUGUUGGAUAGAUAGUGCGUGUUUAUCUUUUUCUGUGCAUUCUCAGAAGCCAGUUGAAAUGUGGAUCUCAUUGGUUGAUUUGUAGCAUUGUGUUCAUCGUCUCUCUCUUCUGGAAGUCAUUUUUGUUCUAACUCUUUGCAGAAGUUAUCAAUCAUACUGGUUUUUCCGCUUUCUUUGGAGACAUAACAGGAAUAGGAAACUGGAGGUUUAUGUCUUAAUUGAUUGAACUAGAAAAAAGUGAUAGUUUGCUAUCAAAGAUGAGCAAAAAAUUUGUGGAACUAUGGGAAAAAGUGGGAAGCUGAAUUGACAAAACAAAAGGAAAAGAUAAGUCUAUUAGGCUGCAUUCCGUAACUUGCUUCAAAUUGGCAAACCUUGCAAUGGGUUUGCCACAAGUUUCGUCGUAUGAGAGUCUUGGGGAGGCUUCAGCAGCAUCAUCAGGUACCUUUCCUCAAAGCCCUCCUAGAUUUUCUGGUGUCAGCACCUGUGAUUUGGAUGGCAUGCAGGGAGUAAGUGUGAGUCGAACAGUUGGGGAUACUCUAUGCUCCUCCAUAGGAGACUUCCAGACAAAAACUUCCUUGGAACUUUCGGAGUUUUCAGAUGAUUCAUUUAGAUUUGGAGGUUCAAAGAGUAUCUCAUCUGAUUCUCAUGGUAUGAAGAUUGCUGCUGUGGAUAAAGCUGGGUGGUUUGCUCCUAAAAAUGGACGGAAUUCCCAGGAUCCUGUUUCUAGGAUAGUGGGUUUUGCAUCACGUGGAACUAGUUCUCCAAGAAUGGAACUUGAAGGAUCUGCUGUUUGUGUCCGUUCUUCUUGUGCUCCCACAGUUAAUGAAAUAGAAUCAUCUGGGCCAUCAUUAGCCAGAAAGCGACUAUUAUCACCUUUAAAUAGGAUGCUUUUUCCAGGACAAUUCGAUGGCAAUCCUCUUGAUAUUGGCUGCAACAGUUUGCAAGCGGGUUCCCCUCCUCGGUCUGAUGGCUUUAAUGUUUCUAUAGCACAAGACCAUAAGAAAGCAAAUAUUGGUGGUAAAAUACACUUCAACAUGCCAUCCUGGAUGCUAUCCAGUUGCUUGGACCAGAAGGAAGUACCAUCUAAUAGCUGUAAAAUGAUAUCUUUGUUCUCCACUGAUGGCCCUUUGUUGGAAACCAAGGAGCCAGAGCCUUGUAAUGAUUGUCGACAAUCACCUGCAUUUGAUAGUUUUAGGGAAUCAAGCAAGGUAACAACCCGAAGUGAGGCAAUAUCUAUAUCUCCACGAAAGACAACCUCUCCUCCUCUUUCUUUGUCACCCCUUGGUCCAAGGUUUUCUGAAAGAAUGAAAACUGUUGGGAGAAGUAGGAAUUCCAAGAAAGGAAGAGAUCAUUGGUCUUCAACCUUAAAGAUAGAACAAUCCUUUGAUGGAUCAGAAUCCAGAAUCGCCUUUUCUCAUGAAGAACCGGAGUUUAAGAUUGUGAGCAGGUCAUUUGAAGACAUGGAUAUUUUUCACAAAGAUUUUCGUCCAUCUUCCCUGGAAAGUGCUGCUGGAAUAAGUUGGUCUCUAUGUCAAGAAUCGGCUCCAACAUCUCCAUGUAAAAGAUUUGUCCGAAGCUUGAGUGGACUUCCCAUUAGGAGGUCAUUAGUUGGUUCUUUUGAAGAGUCCUUACUCUCUGGAAGGUUGUCGUCUGGGCAAAGCAGUCAGAUUGAUGGUUUUCUAGCUGUACUAAGCAUUACUGGAGGGAACUUCUCACCACAGUCACAAAAGAUUCCAUUUUCAGUAACCAGUGUGGAUGGUGAUUGCUUUUUACUUUAUUAUGCAUCCAUAGAUCUUGCCGGCAGUUCAUCAAAAAAGUACCGGGGCUUAAAAUUUAAAAGAGGAAUUAGCGAUGAGGAUUCACAAAAUGCUAAGAGCCGCUUGAGGAUUCCUGUGAAAGGACGUAUACAACUGGUUCUCAGCAAUCCAGAAAAGACACCUCUUCACACUUUCCUUUGCAACUAUGAUCUAACUGACAUGCCAGCUGGUACCAAGGUAAUAUGGAGUAUGUUUGCGAUUUCUAUUUAUGAGUAGUAGUAGUAUUUUUAA